AUUUACACCAGGGGAGCGCCAGACCCUUCUGCUCUAGGAACGUGCGGUCUAUCAACUAGGCGAAAUGGCAACGGAGGAUGAGACGGAUAACCAUAAGAGCGAAGGAGGACCAGGCUUAGGAGGCAGUGCCGUAAAAAGCGAAGAGAGGCAGAAAGACAGAGAAUCGAUAAAUCCGGAUGGAACCAAAGGGAACCGGAAGGAAAUCUCCUCAGGAGAAAGCUUGGGGAAAGCCGGGGGAAGCAGGCAAGGGACUCAGGAAACCAAGGAGGGCAGAAAUAAGGAUAGGACAAGCCCCAGGAAUUCAGAGGGAGCUGUGUCAAAGAAAGUGAGGGUCACGGAUGCGAGGCGCAAACUAGCAGAGAUAGAAAAAAAGACCGCGGAGUACAAGACAAGAUUGAUCGAGGAAAUGAUGAUUGGGAACGAAGAGGACCCUCUGCAGGAAGAACCGCGGGACGAACGGAGGACCGGCCGAGGAGAAAUUGGGCAAGGGGAUAAGGGUAGUGACAGUGGGGGAACACCGAGCAAAAAAAGGAAAGAGAGAGAGAACUCUCCGGGGAUAGAAGCGGAGAAAGCUACGAACCCAUCAGCCAUAGAUAGUAGGGCUAGCCGCUUGCCGACCACGCCAGUGGUAACGCGAGGGUGUGAAGGGCUCUGGAGCCUCAGGGAAAGGGUGUUGGGAUGGUUCGACCCGAAAGGAACUGCAAAGACUAGGGAGGGACAGAAGGCCAGCAAGGAAGGACAAGAUACCAGUACAGCGGGAGAGGCCAGUAGCUACGAAGGCGGCCUUAGGAAGAUAGUAUCAUCCCUCGCGCGAGCAUUAAACAAAAAUCAGGGCUACCUAGCGGACGCUAAGAAAAAGUUGACGUUCGACUGGGCGAACAUCACGGAGUUCCUAAUCGAUUAUGAGAACCUAGCUGUGUUGCUGAAAUGGAUUGAAGAAAAAAAGAUGGACCACCUAGGACAGCAUGUGUCGUUGAGCCUAGGGCGGGACAAAAUGGCCAUUGUGGCCGCGAGCCGAUCUUGGAAGGAGACCCGGGAUGUGAUGAAGAGGAAAUACUUGGCAGCGGAGAAGAUGGCUAUGGAGGUCGACUUAGCGGCAGUUCAGAGGAAGAACUUCGCAACGUACAUUGACUUCCUACGGGAGUUUACUCUGGUAGCACUAAGGAUCCCCAGGGAUCUGGAGAAAGCCUUUGCGGACAUCCGCUUGAGCUUACCAGACCGAGAAGGUGGCGAGGUCAUGAGGGCACCUCUCGCGACAAAGCUCAGCUGCCAUACGCUACCUGUAGGGAAGUUGAAAAUCCAGAUCGGGACUCAUCAUACCGACACAUUAGUAGACGAGGGAGUGGAAAGGAGGGAUUUCGCAAUGAUCACGGGUUGUAUGGUAAAUAAGAAAGUAACAGGGAGCAUCCGGGGAGCCAGUGGGGAAAUUUCGUUCGUUGGGUAUGUCACGAAAUGCGCAGUUAAGGCGGGAAUCAGGGAGUCAAUCUGGUCGUUUCAGCGGAUGACCGUAAUGGAGAAAAUGGAUCACGACAUUAUCCUCGGGAGGCCAUGGUGCGCAAACGUAGAAAUGAUAGGCAUGCACUUGCACGAUGGCACGUAUAUGGUAGACAUAGAGGACCCGGUGACCGGCCGGGGUGAGCUCCUCCGACUCCUCGGGACGGGAGGAAACCCUCCGAAGGGGAAGUUGGCAACGUGGUCGCCGUCGUUCGAAGAUAACCCACGAAAAGGGGCUUUCGCGCGGAUGGAGAGCAUGAGAGAAAGGGUAGAAAUUAUGAUUGAGGAGGCAUUCAACAAGAAGGAAUGGAUCAAGAUGGGCCUGCCCCAGAAGAAGAGGAGGCAGGAGGACGAAGUCUUAGGUGUUAUGGUAGCAGAAAAGGAGUCGAAAGUUGAACUCGGUGACAACCUGUCUAAACGGAAAGAAGUACGCAUGGACGUGUCAGAAGCCGCACUCGAUAUCCCCGAUUUGUUACAGCUCAUCAAGGCCCUCACAUACAACAAGGAAGAGGCCAUGGAGAAGGAGGAGGAAGUUCUUCGAGUAAUCCAAGAGAGAAGAGCGACCGAAGGGCAUCGGAUACCGGAUGAGGUAGCUAACACAAUGAAGAUAGGGAUAAAUGGAUUCUUAACGGAAGAAGAAACCCGCCUGAUAAAAAAGACCUGUCAGGAGUUUCAUCUGGCAUUUGCCUUUAGUGAUCACCAAAAGGGGCGACUGGACGCGAAGCUGAUCCCUCCAGUCAGAAUCCACACGGUAGAGCAUGAGUGUUGGAAUGACAAGGGUCCGUCCUAUGAAUUUGGGAUAGUCGGGGAAGUGACAGACCUUCUUCGAGCGAAGAUGGACUCCUUCGUCGCAGAACCUAUGGCGUCACCAUACGCGAACUGGUGGUUCGUCUUUCGGAAGCCCAACAAAGCGUUAAGGUGGAUUCAGGAUCUGCAGAAGUUGAAUGCGGUAACCAUCCGGGAUGCUGGUUCGCUGCCUCAGACCGAUUUAUUAGCAGAAUCGCAUGCCGGCCGGAGCAUCUACUCCCUGAUAGAUAUGUACUCAGGGUACGACCAGCUUCCAUUGGAUGUUCGGGACAGGCCUUACACCGCUAUGCACACCCCCAUAGGCCAGUUGCAGAUGCAAGUGACCCCUAUGGGCUUCACAAACGCGGUAGCCGAAGCGCGACGGAGAAUGUACGUCGUAGUCGGGGAUAUGUUCCCAGAUAAGUGCGAUCCCUACAUCAAUGACAAUCCGAUCAAAGGCGCGCAGGAGAAGGACGAGACGAAAGUCCAGCCAGGAAUCCGAAGGUUUGUAUGGGACGAUCUACAAGACAUCAAAGACUUACUCCGCCGGUUCCUAGUAUACAACAUCACGGCUAGCGGACCAAAGAGUAUUCUAGCAGUACCGGAAGUAACUACAGUAGGAUUUCGCUACGGUGCUUACGGUAGGAAGCCAGAUCUGGCAAAGACAGACAAGAUAUCACAGUGGCCAACACCCCUGCGCAUGACGACGGAGGUAAGAGCAUUCCUAGGCGUGGUCAACUUUUGGAGAAUUUUCAUUAAAUUUUUUGCCAAUAUUGCUGAGUCUAUCCGGGCUAUGAUAAGAGAAGAAGGGACCAUGGAUUGGACGGAGGAGCGAGAAGGAGCCGUCCAAACCCUCAAGGACAUACUGACAUCAGAGAAGGUCGCCUUGUCGGCACCCUGCUUUAAUGAUGAAGUAGGACAACCAUUCAUCCUAGAAACGGAUAUAGGACCCUUGGCCGUAGGAGGCGAACUGAUUCAAAGGGAUGAGGAAGGAAAAAAGAGGUCAAUUUGGUUCGAAAGUAGAACCCUGAACUCCGCAGAGCGGUGGUACUCACGGUUCAAAAAGGAGGUCUUAGCCAUCUUACAUUGCCUCAAGACCUUCCAGGCCUACCUAUUUAGGAGGCAGUUCAUCUUAAGGAUCGAUCCGACGAAUGUCGCAGAGGCCUUAAAGAAUUACAGGCCUAUAGAUCCGACGGUGGGGAGAUGGGUAGGAUUUAUCAGGCAGUUCGAUUACAAGUUCGAACGGAUUGCUGAAAUCAGAAACAAGGCAGAUGGGCUAAGUCGGGUCUGCAUCACUCCCGAAGGGGUGAAAGAUGCGGAGCCCAUAGACGUGUUCCUUGAAUACGAAGGAGGAACUCUUGCGGUGGAAAACGAAAUGAUGGGCGAAGGAUGCACGUCGGGAGAACUGUUGAUCCGGACUUUGGAGAAGGGGGCACCUGCCGUAGUAGCAGAACUUAGAGAAGGACCGGUCACCACUCGAGGUCGCAAAGAGGAGAAAGAUUUGUGGGGAGAGAUAGUAGGACCCAAGGAGGAGCUAAUAGCAAUGGCGGUUGAGGGAGGCCGGGACGCCGUGAUGAGCUUAGUAGAAUCUUGGGAAAAGAAAGAGUUGCGAUGGAUGGCAGUCACUCUCAAGAAAAAGACCGGGAAAAGUGUAGCAGACUGGAUAGAAGACUUCUGCAUAAGGCAUCCCUUCAUCAGGAGGUUUAUAGCGGAUAAUGGAAUAGAGUUUGUGAACCAAGAAGUAUUGGGAAUGCUUAAGAGGCUCUAUGUACCGAUCAAACUCAUCGAGCCGUAUUACUCGGAUGCCAAUGCACCUGUGGAAAGAGGGCACCGAACCUUAAAGAACACAAUUGCGAAGCUCGCAGCGGACCAUCUGGGAAGCUGGCCCAAGUAUCUCAAGCAAGCUGUCUUCUCAGAGAACAUGACACCUAAGAGAACAACGGGAUGUAUCCCAACAGAACUUUGGUACAGAAGAGAGAUCGACUUUCCCGUUGAAGCCUUGAUACCUACCUGGAACAGGUUAGAUGAUGAUCAGCGGAUGACCACGGAAGAGUUAAUCGAGGCAAGGUGUCAACAGGUCCUUAAGAACGAAGAGGGAAAGACAUCGCCAACCGGGUACUAGACGGCGGAAUGAGGGACAAAGCAAGGUGAGACCAUGUUAAGAAUGUC